AUGAAUAAUUACAACAGACAGGACAGAAACGGCACACAUCGCAUUUUUCUGGUUAUUGGUAAAAUUGCAGGCAGAAUUCCGACAAAGAGGUGCUCGAAUAUUAAAAUGGGUGUUUUAUGUUUGCAUUUGAAGCGAUUAAAAAAAACUUCAUGCAGAGCAAAACGGUUCAAUAUAACCAAGUUGCGCUACGAAACUGGCUAG